AUGCUCGAAGUUUCUGACGUUAUCAUCAAAAUCGGCUUCGUUAUCGCGUGCCUUACCAACUCUUUCCUGAUCUACCUGACCGCUGUGCAUGUGACCUACAUCAGAGGCACUUACAAGUACAUGAUUAUCAUUUUCGCUACCGCCUGCAUCAUAUUCGAUGCUUCAGAAGUGCUCGGCCGUCCGCUGAUUCACAACUUCAACGGCGGUCUCUUCUAUAUCAGUCUGAACAAAUCAUCGAGAGACGAGCCAUUGCUCCAACUCUUUUACGCGAUUUUCAUUGACGCCUACGCCGGAUUGUACUCUUGUCUGAUUGCGUUUGCCGCCGUUCAGUUCAUAUUCCGAUAUGCCACCCUGCUCGACAACAGGGCUCUUUUGAAAUCGUUCAAAGGGCUCAGAAGUCUGGUGUGGAUCCCCGUGAUUGUGAUUCCGGGGACAAUGUUCUGCGGGACGGCGAUGCUCCUGCUGCAGCCGGACGAGUAUUCGAACGAGUACGUGCGAGAAGAAGUGCUCAACAACUACGGGAGAGAUGUGGAGGACGUGGCACGACUCAUUCUCGUCGCUUACGUGAGUUCGACUCACAACCCUCAACCUUCAAUACUAAUUAGAGUUUGCAGGACGAAGACAAGGAGAUCCGGUGGAAGAACGCGUCGUACUGUCUCAUCGGGACCUUCAUCAUCUCCCUCGAAUACCUGCCGAUCAUCUUCUGCGCCGUCAAAAUGCAAAUGAACAUCAAAAGUCAGCUCAAAAACGUCUCGUGCCGACACCGAAACCUUGAGAAUCAGUUCUUCAAAGCGCUUCUAGUGCAGAUCUGUCUGCCCACCUUCAUUCUGACCUUUCCUAUGGCUCCGAUGCUGCUGGCCCCACUUCUCGACACGCAGAUCAGUUUUGACGCGAGCGCCUUCUAUUCGGUGCUCAGUUUGUAUCCGUCCAUGGACAGUCUGGCUCUGAUGCUCAUCGUUGCCGAGUACAGAGGAUGUGUGAAGAGUGGGUUUUAGCUUCCUUCAGUCGACGUGGUUUCCAUCGAAGUCUGUGUUUUCAGAGGUCUUCAAACGACUGCUGCCAGCCAAAAUCCAACAAAAUGAGCUGCCGCUAUCAUCCAUUUCUUGA